AUGGGUGCCCUGCGGAGCCUGGACAAGGCAGCCGGAGUGCUGAAGACGGUGGCAAGCACCAGACCUGUGGCGGAGGUCGUGGACUGCAUCAGCCACAUUGGCUUUGGGCAGGUCCACCUGUCAGAGGAGGAGCUUUGGGAUCGCCUGCGUGCAGCAUUCACCUGUGUAUGCAUUGUGGAGUGGCUGGUUCCGGCACCUGACUAUGUUGCUGCGAACUGGCACACCUUCAAGGACUGUGAGACUGUUCUCACAGUGCUUGAGGUUGCUGCGAUCAACCUCCCAGCUCCUCCUCCGCACGGGAGUGAGCUGAUCUGGAUCUUUGUAGGCCCUGAUGACUGGUGUGACUCCAAGACGGCUCGGAUGCCAUGGCGUUUGGAUUUACCGAGUUUGCUGAGACUCUUGCUAGGGGCGACACACCCAGCAGGCAAGCAGUUUUUCUCUCACCUGUCCCAUGAAACCCUACUUGGGGACCUUGUCCGCCUUGCCCUCCGACUUUGGGGGCUCGGCGUCUCCAUGUGCCUCACAUUUCCUUCCCCGGCUCCUGGUGUGCUCUCUCCCCUUUCAGAGAUCGAAUCCCUGGAGAGCUAUGUGAGCAGUGAAGGCCACUUCCUCAGGAACAGAUGGCCAGGCUGGUGA